AUGGAUCGGGAGAAGCUCCAAGGCGAGCACGCUCACCUCCUGCAGAGCUCCUCCAUCACUCAGGAAACAGCGGUCAGUCAGAAGAAGCUGCUGGAGCAGACCGUUGGGAGGCUACAGGAGGAGCUGAGCACGGCGAGGAGAGCGGAGGAGGCGCUGAGAAAAGACCUGGAGGCUUCUAGAAAUGAGUUCUGUCUGCUCGCCACGAAGCUGGAGGCUGAAAAACGUGCUCUGGCCACGGAGCUGAGGGAAGCCAGGCGAGAGGUGGGAUCUCUGAGCUCAGCCCUGCAGAACCAGCAGGACGAGAACUGGAGGCUCAUGGGAAAGGUGUCUGCUGUAGAGCAGCAGCAGAAUGCAGUGCAGCAUGUUGACCAGAUGCUGAAGGAUCCAACUGACAAGAACAAGCUGGAUAACGAAAAAGGGAAACUGAAGAUCAGCGAGCUGCAGGGUUUGUGUGGACCUGCAGAGGGCGCUGUCAGUCCAGCCUCCUGUAACAGACUCCAGCUCAGCAGCCAGACACCACAUCAGGAGCUGGAGGGACGGGAACAGGAGCUGGACACCCUCCAGAAGGACAGAGUGCAGGCUCAGACGGAGAUCAGAAGACACCAGGCAGAAGUGGAGAAACUCCAGAGACUCCUGACCAGCACUCACUCGAAGAAGACCAGAGCUUUGGAGUCCUUGCAGAAGGCCUUGGUUACAGCCAGAGGCGACAACAGGAGGCUGGCCCACAGUUUGGAUCAGGCUGUGCUGACCAACAGCAGCUUACACAGGAAGCUGGAGCAGGCUCGAGACCAGUACCAGGCCUCCAUCAGGCUGAGAGAUGACGAGUUACGUGAAGCUCGGACAAAGAUCAGCUGUUUGUCUGCAGAUCUGAGCGCCAUAAAGCACCAAAGCAGGGAAGACUAUCAAUCAUCCAUGAAGACACUGCAUCGAGAAAUAUCAGAGCUAAAAACGACAGUUCAGGAUUCAUCAACCAGGUCCAGUGAACUGUCCAAGACCAAUCAGGAUCUGCACAGACGGGUGUCCGAGCUGCAGCAGCUGGUGUCCAAACAGAAAGCUGGUAUCAGAGAGCAGAGGAGCACACAUGGACAGGACAGCUCUCAGAAAGUGGAGCAGAGGUCAGAAGAGAAGAUGGGGAAUCUGCCUGAGCAGGAGCAGAGCGACGGUGAGCUCCUGGUGGUCGGGCUGCUACCUGAACAGGUUACAAGCAAACGGCAGGCAGAGCUGGAGAGGUGGACUUCUACCAUCGAACGCUGGGAGGCCAAGAGAGAGCUGGCUCACACCGCUGGAGGGUCCACGCAGUGAGGACACAGCUGAUAACACAAGCACACUGAUAAUAAGCAGCACAUACAACACACACCUGAUCACAAAGUGACAGGGAUCCUUUGUAUUUAUUCAAACAUUAAACAGCGACCAACAGAGAGGAAGAGAUAGCAGCCACACGUGAACCAGCAGCCGUCACUCAGACAUGUGUGUGUGUGAUAUCCUCCACAUUUAUCGAUCAGAAUUUAAUGUCGGCCAAGAUGGAAACAUGCAAACUGUACAACCAUAACCUCUGAUAUACGUCUCCUCUGUACAAAGACUCUCAUGUUUUUGUACCAACAGGUUCUUUAUACAAAAGUAGUUUUAAAUAGCACUGUGUACAAAUGUAUGACUCUCCAUCUACCAUAGUUGCACUUCAUUAUGUACAGAGUGUUGGUUUGUGUAACUGUGAAUGCAUGAUGUGAGGUCACGCUCUCACUUGA